GUCUCCCGUCACACCACGCACACAAAAGAGCUCACCAGUUGCCUUUUAGCGAAGACUUCUUUAGGCAGUAGAGGCGUUUGUUUUCUCUCCACCAGCCCUUGAGGAGCAAUAUGGACUACACGAGUGCUUUAGAGGUGUAUAAGGAGAUGCUCCUGCUGUACGGUGAGGAGUUUAAGCACUACAUUAAUUCGAGGUGUGCUGGUUUGGAGCCAUGGCAGAUCAUCGCGUCAACGUUAGUGUCUACCCUUGCAGCAGUGUGGCUUAAAGGUUUCCUGUUUCAGAAAGAGAGUCUGCUGUCUAGAACUAAGAAGCAAUGCUUUCGACUCAUCAGAAAAAUCCCAUUUGUUGGUGCAUCAAUUCAGAACCAGCUGAACAAGGCUCUGGAUGACAUGUCAAUGAGCCUCUGCACGUUAAAGGAAGGAAUGAGCUACACAAAGUGCCUGCCAGCACAGGGCCUCGCACACAAACAAGUCCUAGACAGCAUCAGGCAGUACCAGACACUAAAUGAAGUGCAGUGGUCCAAAGGCAAGGUUUCAGGGGCAGUGUACUGGGGAGAUGAAAAACUCACAGAUCUUCUAGUGAAGGUGUAUGGUGAGUUUGCUUGGAGUAAUCCCCUCCAUCCGGACAUCUUUCCUGGAGUGAGAAAGAUGGAAGCAGAGGUAGUGCGGAUGACAUGUUCUCUCUUCAGUGGUGGACCUGAGUCAUGUGGCACAGUCACGUCUGGUGGAACUGAGAGCAUUUUGAUGGCCUGUAAGGCAUACAGAGACCUGGCUUAUGAGAGAGGAAUCAAAUAUCCAGAGAUAAUUGCACCAGUAAGUGCCCAUGCAGCAUUUGAUAAGGCAGCACAUUACUUUGGAAUGAAACUGAUUCAUAUACCUUUGGAUAAGAAGACCAUGAAAGUCAAUGUGAAGGCCAUGAAGAGAGCCAUUUCUAAGAACACAGCCAUGCUGGUGUGCUCUGCUCCUCAGUUCCCUCAUGGGAUCGUGGACCCCAUUGUGGAAGUGGGGAAGUUGGCAGAAAAGUACAACAUUCCCUUCCAUGUGGAUGCCUGCUUGGGUGGGUUCCUUAUCGUGUUCAUGGAAAAGGCUGGAUUCAAGCUGGAGCCAUUUGACUUCCGAGUUAAAAGUGUUACAAGCAUUUCAGCAGACACACACAAGUAUGGCUAUGCACCCAAAGGCUCCUCAGUGGUGAUCUACAGAGACAAGAAAUAUCGCCACUACCAGUACUUUGUAGCCCCUGAUUGGCAGGGAGGAAUUUAUGCAUCUCCGUCGAUAGCUGGCUCUCGGCCUGGUGGUAUCAUCGCUGCCUGCUGGGCCACUAUGAUGUAUAUGGGAGAGAAUGGCUAUGUGGAGGCCACCAAGAAGGUUGUUCAAACAACCCGCCUUAUUGCAGCAGGCAUCCGUAAAGUGGAGGGACUGUUUGUGUUUGGAAACCCAGAAAUCUCAGUGGUGGCCUUGGGCUCCGAUGUAUUUGAUAUCUUCCGUUUAUCCAAUGCGCUCACAUCAAAGGGCUGGAAUCUCAAUACUCUCCAGUUCCCGUCGAGCAUCCAUAUUUGUGUAACUAUGCUGCACACACAGCCUGGUGUUGCAGAGCAAUUCAUCAAAGAUGUAAGGGAGGAAGUAGCAAUAAUCAUGAAAAAUCCAAAGGAGAAGACCACUGGAAUGGGAGCAAUCUAUGGCAUGGCCCAGUCCAUCCCUGAUCGAUCAAUGGUGACGGAGAUAUCGUGCGGCUUCCUGGACUGCCUCUACAGCACUGAGGUUAAAAAGGUCCAAAAAAACCACACCACCAGCAAGAAGAACCACAUGAAUGGGAACUCUAAAACACACUGAGUCUAGUGUGUAGUCACUAGUCUGGUGACUGCUAGGGUCUGUGCCUGCAGCUGCCCAUGGGCUGCUCAUCACAUUUACAUACUACUUUUUUUUUUUUUUCGUCCGUCAUUUCAGUCACUCAUUUACUUAUUUCUAGUUAACGCACAAGCCAUAUAACCCCAUUCACUUUGGGCAUUUUCUUCAAGGUUAUUUACUGUAGGUAAUUCCUGUCCAAAAAGUCUGUGGUAUCAGUCAGUGCAGAAGGUUCAGGGACUGUUAGUUUUUUGUCUUUUGUUUUUUAAAGUGUGUUUAGCUUCCAUUUCUGAUAUAUGGGUCUAUUGACACUUCUCAUGUAUUUCAUGUUCCUCCAGCCAUAUUGCUGGAGGUAAGUACUCCAGCUGAGCUCUCAGGUUUUCACAUUCAGAAUCAAGUUUAUUGCCAAGUACGUUCUCACAUACAGGGAAUUUUGUUUUGGUGAAUCAUUCAUUGCGAUUUAAGUACAGUAAAACCUCCCAACACCUUUAUUGCUAACUGCAAACUGUCUUUCAGACGCCCCCCCAUCACAGUUCAGUAUAUUACAGUUCACAUUUCAGACUACAGUUAAUGUCACAGAUAAUGGUCUCAUGCAAGCAAAACAGUAACUUGUUUUAAGUCAAGAAGCUUUUAAUUUCGAGUCCGUUCUUUGUGCUGGUGAUCACAUUCAGAUAACUGCAACCUUAAUGUUACAGAGUAACAUGAAACUGGACCGAGCAACAUUUUUUAGUUUUUCUUGUAAUAAAUAUUUCCAACAUCAUCUAAUGAAACUUGAAGUACUACUCAGGUGUACCUAAAUAACAACUUUUGGUUUUUGCUAAUGUUAGAAUUUAUAAUAAUUUCUAAUUAAUAGGUUGUUUAAAAAAAUUUACAUUAUAACUGAACUGAAAGCAAAUUAGAAGAUUCAAAUUAGAUUAAAAAUCUACUGGCCACUUAAUACAAUGAUAAAUUGUUUGAACUCCUUGGGAGAUGGUUGGGAGGAGAUGAUGUGUUUUUUUUUUUUUUUUUUUUUUUUUAAGCCCUUAAUAUUGGGAGCAAUUUUAUUUACUUCUCAUCCCAGGAGGAUACAUGUGUAAUAAAUAAUUGCUGUUAAACUUCCUGAGCUGUAAAAAGGGAAAGGAGCUCUUGGAUCAGUAAUGAGACGACAAUGACAUGGUACCACUGAAUCAUGACUGCAGACCUCAUUGGCUGUUGAAUUCUGUAUGUAUUCAUAAUGUUUGUGACCACUAUGUGUGUGUUUUGUUUUUGUUUUUUUUUAACAUUAUGCAUCACUAAUAUAGGGUCUCAUAUUUCAGUAAUGUAAUUAUUUUUAAGUGUAUUUUUUUUUUUUAAAUGUCACAGGGCUACAACUGUUUUUAACAUAAUAUUGAGAUUAAACCGUUGAUGUGCACAGUCCCACUACUUUGUAAUAGCAAGACAGUUUUUAAAUCUUAUUUUCCUAUUCAGUAUUUUAUUUUAUAACUAAAGCGGUUGUCCCUUUGCCACCACAGAAACAUUUUAAAGGCAGUGAGUCUAGUAAUAGUACUACCUAAAAGUGAGGUACCUUAAUUUUUGAAAGCUGGAGUAUCCAUUGAUUUUCUGUAACUAAAGACCCACAUAGUUCAUGUGUUAUGUCUUUUCUGACAGGCUCUAGUGUUGGUGCAGUGUUUAGAGCCGCCUCAGGGAGAGGGCCUUUUCCACACCAUACCAAAUCCACUUACCAUACUACCCUGUUCCUGCAAAAAAAAUAAAGCUAUAUUUUGAAAAUCCA